UUAGCUUCACUUGCAGCUACCCUCUUCCGUGACACCUCUGUUUCCUCAAAUAUCUCCAGUGGCUGCAGAAAAAGAGGGAUGCUGAGGCUCGUUUUGUGUUAAAUUAACGCGUUAAAUCAAGUAUGGAGAGAUGAAUUUCGGCCUGUUUAAGUAAAGAAGUGGCAGGAUGAUGUUUGCUGUUGACUGAAGUCCAAACCAAGAACCAAAAUGAAGAGGAGACUGCUGCAAGGUUUCCUGUCGGAAAUCUCCAUCCGGUUUGCUCUUCUGUUUGUGUUCCUCGUGACGGAGCAGCUCCCUCCUUUCUACCGGGAGAUCCAGGCUGAGGAGAUGUGGCUGUACAAGUUCCAUCGCGUGGAGUCGGACCACGUACCAACCUCUCUCAUGUUUGGUGUGGCUGUUUUAACCCCCCUGAUUAUAAUCCUGGUUUUUAACCUGUUGAGAAAGUCUGAGCAUGGCGAUCUGAGAGAAGCCUCUCUGGCUGUGACUCUGACUCUGGUACUCAAUGGAGUUUUUACCAACGUCAUCAAACUUGUUGUUGGCAGGCCGAGGCCAGAUUUCUUCUAUCGCUGUUUCCCAGACGGUCAGAUGAACUUGGAGCUGCGCUGCAGCGGUGACCCAGAUGUUGUCAUAGAGGGACGAAAAAGCUUUCCCAGCGGACACUCCUCCUUUGCUUUUGCAGGUUUGGGUUUCACAGCGCUGUACAUCGCAGGAAAGCUGCGCUGCUUCAGUCCGGCUGGCCAAGGCAGAGCAUGGCGGCUAUGUGCCUUCCUCACGCCUUUGCUCAUCGCAGCUGUUAUCGCUCUUUCCAGAACCUGCGACUACAAGCACCACUGGCAAGAUGUGUUAGUCGGGUCCAUGUUGGGCCUGGCCUUCGCCUGGCUCUGCUACAGGCAGCACUUUCCUCCGCUUCAGGACCCGAACUCCCACAGACCGAUCCGUCAGAGAGAGACUGUCCCCGCGGCGCAAGAGCGCAAGUUGGCCAACUCCAACUUCCUCCUGCCUCUGUAGAGCCGCUGCGACCUGAACACUUUCCACGGGAUUACAAUGAGAUCCGUGGAGUUAUGGUUUUCAGAAUGGUUGGGGUGGAAACUUUGUUAAUGUUUAUAUUUAUUGUUGGUUAUUAUCGCUGCAGCUUUUGAAGUUUCUAUGAUUGUGAAUGAAUUAAUUACCAAAUCAUUAACGGUUCUAAUUAAGCAAACUGAAAGUGUCAUAACAUACCGGAUAUUUUAGUUUCAUGGUUCGACUUGAGUCUCCACCUGGCCCAGUUCUGUGCCUUUAGGUUACAUCAACUGAGCCAAUUUAACUACACAACCACUGCAGAAGCUUAUCUGCAUUAGCCAUUAUUUGGUGACUUGAUUGUUUAUCUUGCAACUUUUUAAAUGAGCAGAUAUACAGACAUGAGAUCUGUUUUUUUUCCAUUAGUCUUUAUUCUUGACUGAAUAGAAGAUUUGUGGUUUUAAGGGUCUGUUCCAUAACAAUGCAAUCUUCUGGUAUUGAAGUGGUCGCAACACUGCAAAAAUACAAAACUUACCAAGUAUUUUUGAUCUAGUUUCCAAUCAAAUAUCUUAGUCCACUUAAAAUAAGACUAAACUAACUUACAAGUAACUUUUCAGCUAUGUAUAGGAGCUUGUUUUCAAUAAGUAACUGCUUACUAUUGAUGAACAAUGACUAGUUCCAUAACAUGGAAACAUUUUUUCCAUGUUAUAAGUGAAAUAAUCGACCAGUGGAAUUAGCAUAUUUUGAUCAUUAAUAAGGAAUUAUUGACUUAAAACAAGCUCCUAUAUGUUGCUGAAAAGUUACUUGUAAGAUAGUUUUAACUUAUUUCAAGUAUACCAAGAUAUCUGGACAAAAAAAAUUCUUAAGAUUUUGUGUUUUUUGCAGUGAACAAUCAGGAUCAGAAACAUUACACUCAGAUUUUUCUCUGUUCAUCAUUUCUGACUCAAAGUAGCCAAAGCACAACCUUGAAACUUUGCAGGAUUUUGCCAACUUUUUGUGAAAGUAUAUAUAUUUUUUUCCUUUAAGGACAGUGACAUGCUGUAAAUUGGUCUAAAAGCAACUGGGACCUUUUUAGCUAGUGUUUUACACAUCCUCUCUUUAAAACACAUAUAUCGUCAUUUUCUGUUCAGGUUUGUUGCUUCAACACAAAGAUAAUGUUUGUAAAGCCUGUUUCUUGAAUUUCAGUAGGGUGAUGGAGGAUUUCCAGGAAAUGUCAUCUCCUUCAUUUAGCUCAGACACAGAGAAAGGAAGAAUUCUCGUUAAAGUAAAGCAUUUUCUUUCUUUAUUAGCUUAAAGCUCAACAAAAAUAUCUCCAAUCACAUUAACGGUCUGGCUGUUUACUCCCUGUUCUGUAUUGAAUUAUUGAUUUUUGUAAUCCUCGAGUAAAACUGUUCUAACGAAAGAGAGGUUUUGUUGGGAGAGGAAAAAUCCAUCUUCUUUAUCCGUGUUUACUUCCCCAGUGCUCAUCCUGUUGACAUAUUCCCAUUGAAAAUAACCACAAUCAGUCAUUAUAGUUUUUUUAUUAUUAUCAUCAGUCAUAGGUUAGCAGGUUUAUAGGUAGGACUGUUACAGAUAAGGACGUGACUGUAUCUGCUUAGAAAAGCCAUGAAAAGAAAAAUCAUGAUUUAUGUUUCAUACUUUUUUAUGUUCAUUUGCUCUGUAAUGUGAUAUUGUUACGUGAGAAUCUAGUGUAAGCAGAGCUGAAUUAUAGGAAUCAUUUUAUGUGAAAAGGAAAGGAAAUGGGAGGAAAGUAAUUUUAGUAGUUUGUUUCCUUCAAAGGUAGAUUUGUGAUUUAGAUAAGUAGCGCAGCGCUGGGACCGUUUUCAGCCGCAGAUUGAUGUACACUUCAUUCGUUGAGAGUUAAGCCACAAAAGUAUUUGGAUUCUUGAAUAAUUGAUGACUCAAAACUAGUCGCACUCUUUUAUUAUCCAUCCGUUUUGUUUAAAGCUCAACUACAGCUUCGUCAGCAGGAUCCGUUUUUUGCUGCCUUUGUGUUUCUUUAAAUUUUUCUGUUUUGCUUUAGUAUUUCUUGAAUGUUUAUCAUUCACUGUUACGUUGUUUGUGUUUAAUCUCUGGCUUCGUGUGCCAAACUUAGUACAACAAGCAAAUGUAGCAGCACCAUGCUGUGCUUCAGAGUUACUAUAGUGCCUGCUGUACUUUAACUUUAGUCUCUGCUUUAGCUGAACAGCCCAAUGGAUCUUAUUGUUACAGGGUUUUAUGACUGUAAAGGGACUGUGAGGGAAACCUUUCCUUGUUUCAGUGAAUCCAACACUUACUGUAACUCUUGUUUUUGUUUACAGAUGGUUUUAUGAAUGAAUUGUGGGUUUUGUUUCUUGAAGCUGGAGAGAAAUGCUCCAUGAGUUAGUUUUUGGUAGUAGGCAUGGGUCGGUAAAUUUGCAUAAUGGAACAACUUUACGCAAAAACACUACAAUUUCAAUGUAAUAAACCAGAAUCGAACACAAAAAAAAUUAUUAUGAUCUGUUUUCUUCAUAUUAAAAAAAAACAACAAUUAAUAGUCCUGCUGAAAUGUUGAAUGAAAAAUUAGUAGGGAUUUUCAAGUAAAUGUGCUUACACGUUUUUGCAGGGUAAACUUAGUCAGGCUAUCUGCUCUGGGGCUAAUUAGUUGCAUUCCACACUACAAAAAUCAGGUUUUAUUUUAGUGUUUGUUGCAACCAGAGAAAUCUUUUGUCAGCUAGCUGACUGGCAGUACACAGCAACAGGUUGGAGAGGGACAGAACUGAGUUAUUCCAUCUGCUCCAGCACUUUCUCUGACUUCUCGCUCCAGUAAUCAGUUUUUAACCUUUUUUUUUCUUAACCUGUGCAUAUCUUGAUACCACUAGCCGACCCAUGCCUACUGUGGAACCAGAUCUUUGUACUGGACCCGACAGAGGUUGAACCUCUCCUGCUGGUCAGGUGCUGCAAAAAGCCAAAAUGAAAAUCUCACUUCUCAUUUACUUAAGUUUUUCAAAACAGGAAACUGUUGACCUAUGUUUUUUUUUUUUUGCUUCGUUUUGUCCAGUUUUGUUACUUUUAUUAUUUUUCUAUCACGUUUUUGUGCUGUUGCUUAAUUUUGUUGGUCUUUCUGUUACUCUACUAAUUGUUUUUCUUGUGUUGGACCUCUUAUUACCGUCUGUGUAAAACCAGCCAAAGUUUGCAGGUUCAAAGCACGUCUGAGAGAAUCACUGCACUCCGAUCAGACUUGUCAGAAAAUGAGUGACUUUGUGCCUUUGUUUACCGCGCUACUUUACAGAUCCACGCCUCGCACCAUGAGCUCACCCUGGUAUUUUACAUGUACAGAACUCUGUGUUUCCAUGUGGCAUGCUGCCUUUCUUUACCUCAGAACAAAAAUGAUCUAAUGUUAUUUUUGAUGGAGUCAAACGUGAAUGUCCUAACAUUAAAGGGACAAACCUCACUUUCAGACCUUAAAUCGAAAUACUAGCAUAUUUAAUUUCAUGGAAUGUUUGACUUUACUUGAAAAAAAAAAAA